GUGGGAAUGACGUCAUGGUCGUUGUUUCGAAUGUCGGCAGCUAGCGCUGGUUAGGAGGCCGCGGGGACUGAAGAGGACACAUAACUUGAGGCAAAUCUGAAAACCAGUGGUCGUCGAAAGUGUGCGUUUCAGGAAUAUCCUCUCCCAUCCCCCUUAUCCCUCAGUUUGUCAGAAAGCAUGGCUCAGGAGACCAAUCAGACGCAGGUGCCAAUGCUUUGCACUAUGGGAUGUGGUUUCUAUGGUAACCCUCGCACCAACGGCAUGUGCUCGGUCUGCUACAAGGAACACCUGCAGAGACAACAGGGCGGGGGCCGAUCCAGUCCCCCAGGAGAGAAAGCUGCUACAUCACCAGUAGGGUCCCCAGGAGUGGCUGGUGUGUCUGUGGAGAGCAUAUCCUCGGAACCCAGCACAGAGGGGGUUGGAACCCCACCUGAGGAGAGAACGCCCAGUCCUAGCUCUCCCAGCCCGGUAACCCAGCAGAUGACGGCCAUGAGCAUCUCCCAAGAUGUGGGUGCUGUGGACUCUGAUCGAGCUGAAGCAGAAGAGGAGGAGGAGGAGGGAACAUCCAAAAACACAGGGCCAACGGGAGAAGCAGCACAGGCUUCUGACGGUGAGCAGACCCCUGAUAAAAACAAGAAAAAAAAUCGCUGCUUCACCUGCCGGAAGAAAGUUGGCCUCACUGGUUUUGACUGUCGCUGCGGUAACCUGUUCUGCGGCAUCCACCGUUACUCUGACAAACACGACUGUCCCUACGACUACCGGGGUGCCGCUGCCGCCCGCUUACGCAAGGAGAACCCCAUCGUGGUGGCUGAGAAAAUCCAGAAGUUAUGAGGACUGAAUGCUAAGCAAGUCUCUUGACGCUGUAUGGUUUUGGAACAAUGGCGACUUGGAUGAAAGCUCCUGAUAAAACUGCUUCAUUUGUUAAUGGUAGUCUAAGAUGGGUGGGAUGGUGCGAUCACAGCCUCUGUCCAGUGCUCCCUACAUUAGCAUCUCUCUCGCUCUCUCUCUUUCUCUCCUCCAGCAAAUAUGAGACUGAAUGUGUGUGUGUGUGUGUGUGUGUGUGUGUGUGUGUGUGUGUGUGUGUGUGUGUGUGUGUGUGUGUGUGUGUGUGUGUGUGUGUGUGUGUGUGUGUGUGUGUGUGUGUGUGUGUGUGUGUGUGUGUGUGUGUGUGUGUGUGUGUGUGUGUGUGUGUGCAUUUUCUUGAGAGUCAGGGAGAAAACAGUAGGGACAGGAUGGGUAUUACGUGUUGCUGUGGGGAGGGACAUUUUGAUUUCUGCCCCUUUUUGUUUUUUCCCAAUUUUGGGGACCUUGUGGGUUUAUUUUUAUUCAAUCUCUGCAAAGCAGUUAAAACGAGACAGGUAAGCUGUUGAGUGUGUCAUAGCUUGCAUAAAGACACUUGGGAGGUCAAUUGGGGAAACGUAACCUAAAGAACCUGACUGGGAGUUUUCAUGUGUCAACAAGAUCUUUUACCUUGAGGACAUGAAUUAUCCUCUCAGGCUAAAGAAAUGAUGUCAACUUUGAGUCAAAUUGGCUGUUUUUUUUCUUUCCUUUUUUCUUUAUCCUUGUAUUCACCCCAUAUCACCCAGGUCUCCACAAUUUCCAGAAAAGUUUCUCUGAUAUUUUUACUUAUUAUACUGAUGUUUGGUGCAUGAACUGUUAUUGGAGUGGGUAGG